AUGGGGUAUCACGACCGGUCCGCAGAAGGGACUCGUCCUGAACAGCGGGCCUAUUUCGUAUCCGCGUGUAAUGUCUGCAACCGAUCGCCGCCGAUCUGACCACCCUGGUAACCUUACUCCUCAAUUCCUUUCUUCCUCGCCUUUCCUACGUCUCUCAGAUCUUCAAGCCUUCGGCGCAGAUCGCGUUCCCGUCCUCCGCCGCUCCCUCUACUUCUACUUCCCACGCUCCCUCGCAAUCCCCAGAUCUCCAAACCAUUCCCAUUCUUCUCUAAUGGGUUCCGCAGAUCAUCUUCCCAACUCUACUCACCCUCCAUUCAAGAUCUUCAUUGGUUACGACCCCCGCGAGGAUGCCGCUUUCGAAGUAUGCCGCCAUUCUCUGUUAAAACACUCCUCCAUCCCCCUCGAGGUCUCACCCAUCAUCCAAUCCGAUCUCCGCGCCGCUGGUCUCUACUGGCGAGAUCGGGACCCAACGGAGAGCACUGAGUUCUCCUUCACCCGAUUUCUGACCCCGUACCUUUCCGGAUUUCACGGCUGGGCCAUGUUCAUCGACUGCGACUUUCUCUACACCGCCGACAUCGCUGAUCUCGUUGCCAUUCUCGACGAUCGGUAUGCCGUCAUGUGCGUUCAUCACGAGUACGCUCCUAAAGAAACCACUAAGAUGGAUGGUGCGGUACAGACUGUUUACCCGAGGAAAAACUGGUCCUCAAUGGUGCUGUAUAACUGUGAACAUCCUAAGAAUCGGAUUCUUACUCCCGAGCUUGUUAGUAAACAGUCCGGUGCGUUUCUGCACCGAUUCUUGUGGUUGGAGGACGACGAGAUUGGAUCUGUGCCUUUUGUGUGGAAUUUUCUUGUUGGGCAUAAUCGGGUAGAUGAGAAUGAUCCGUCCACGUUUCCGAAGGCGCUCCAUUACACAUCUGGCGGGCCUUGGUUUGAGAAAUACAAAGAUUGUGAAUUUGCUGAUUUGUGGCUCAAGGGAUUAGAAGAAAUGACGGAGAAAAAAGCAAGGGGGACUGAUGGGUUGAUGUUGACUAAGGGUCUGUUUGGGGCAGCUGUAGCUUAUCCAGCUUCUGUCGAUAAGCAGUUUAUUCUGAUAAUUUGCUUAGGAGCAGCGGAUCCAGAUAAAUUGUUUGGUUGUUUGAUUUGUGAGUCUGGAAAACAGCUGAUUCUGGAUAAACAAUCAUUCUGCCCCUAUUUUAGAUAAAUUGUUUAGUUGUUUGGUUUGUGCUGUUUGUAGAAAAAUGAUCUAUUAUGCAAAUGUUUUUUUUUUUCUUU